GUUGGUUUAUGCCAUCUUAGAAGUGGCGGCUGGAAUGAAAUCUUGGAGAUGAGCACUUCUUCACCUGAGUCAUGAUAAAGACAGAGAAACACCUGCGGCUGAAGACAGGUACCGGCCGGACAGUCCGGGUGGUGAGGGAACACUACCUCAGGGAUGACGUGUCCUGUAACAGCAGGCUGUGCAUGGCUGAAUGCAGGAAUGAGGGUCCAGGCCUCCUGCCCAAGGGUGUGACCCACUACGUGGUUCCAGACUGCCAGGUUACCAGGGAUUAUCUUGAGAUACUGGAGUUCCCUGAGAUCAGGGGAGUGCUGUUCACUGGCACAGUAGUACACAGUAUGCAGCAUCAGGGUGGCAGGCGUGCAUACGGCCGGCUGAGGACUCUCCUGAGGGACCCACGCCAGGAGUGUGCAGUGUUUGCCAAUGAGUUCCAGCAGUAUGCCUACUGUCCCAGGGAGCACGGAGAAACAUUGGAGAAAUGGCAGUCAAGGUCCACAUACAAAGCAGCAGAGUGGUACUAUAACCACUUAGCAGGACAGAUACCAGUGGUAGUGCUGUCAGAGGAUCCACAGAUCCAGGAAGAGUAUGGCCCCAUGACACCUGGCGUCUUCGUUGUAAACAUGGGGGAGUAUCUGAACAACUUCUGGCCUGAUCUUCAGGCUGCACAUGACAUCUAUGAGUCCCUAGUCGCUGGUCUACAGGAGAAGGGAAAAAGCACAGGUAGUAAGGAGUACAAGGACUACUAGUCUGGACGCUACCUCCGAGGGAACCUGCAGGUCAACAAACACAGGGCACAGCAGGAGGCCUUCGUCAGGAUGUCAAGUUCCUCAGGUGGGAAGGAUGUCGAGCUUCACACAGACGUCAUUGUUGUUGGUACAGCUCUCAGGAACCGUGCUGUCCAUGGUGACACAGUAGCAGUGGAGCUGCUCCCCAGGUCAGAGUGGAGAGGUCGCUCAACUGCCAUCACAGACAAUACUGAAGGUGUGAGCAGUGAAGCAGAAGAGGAGUCCAACAGUGUGAUGCCCACAGGAAAAGUGGUUACUGUGAUGCAGAGGAACUGGAGGGAUUACGUCUGCAGCUUUGCUGAGGAUGAGGGAACUCAGGGUCAGAAGAAGAACCCUGGCAAGGUGUUGGUGAUCCCCUUUGACUACAGAAUCCCCAAGAUCAGGAUCAGCACCAGACAGGCGGAUCAGCUCAAGGAUCACAGAAUUGUAGUGAGGAUAGACUCGUGGGAGGCGGACUCCCAGUACCCUAACGGACACUUUGUGCGGUCGCUGGGCCCGAGCGGAGACCUGGAGACAGAGACAGCUGCACUGCUGGUGGAGAACAGCAUCUCUGUGGCUCUAUUCUCCGAGGGGCAGGUGAAGGAACUUCCCACUAACACAGAGGAGAGCCCCUGGGUCAUGCAGGCGGAGGAGGUUGCUAGGAGACGGGACUUGAGACACACCCACCUCAUCUUCAGCAUCGACCCAAUAGGCUGUGAAGAUGUAGAUGACACACUGUCAAUCAGGAAGCUACCAAAUGGGCAUCUUGAGUUAGGAGUCCACAUUGCUGAUGUUACAUAUUUCGUCAAACCAAACUCACUCACAGACCUGGAAGCCAAAGCCAGGGCUACUACAGUCUACCUUGCAGACCGGCGGUAUGACAUGUUACCCAGCAUCCUCAGUGCCGACCUUUGCUCCCUACUCGGAAGUGUUGACAGAUAUGCCAUGAGUGUUCUGUGGGAACUGGACAGUAACUACGAGGUGCUCGAUGUUUGGUACGGCAGGACUAUCAUCAGGUCUGCCUACAAGAUGUUCUAUGAGGCAGCCCAGGCUGUCCAUGACAGGAAACCAGAGGAGGAGUUAAUCCAGAGCAUCCCAGAAUUACAGGAGCUGGACACUGACACUGCCAGGAACAGGCUGGAGCAGAUCCGCUGGGCAGUCGACAGUCUGAUGGACAUAGCUGACCACCUGCGGGCGGGGAGGCUGCGGGAGGGGGGUCUGGAGCUGGAGGGGGUGGAGGUACAGGUCCAGCUGGGGGACAGCAAGGAGAUACAGAAACUGGUGCCCAAACAGCCGUUAGCGGUCCAUGAGACAGUAGCAGAGUGUAUGAUAUUUGCCAACCACUGGGUCGCCAAGAGGAUAGCAGAGGCCUUUCCUAACAAUGCCCUGCUGAGGCACCAUCCCCUACCCAGACAGGAGCACUUUGAGAGCCUGGUGGAGUGUGCCAAGGCUCAGGGCUUCUCCAUAGACACUAGCUCCAACAAAGCUCUGGCAGAGUCCCUGGACAAGUGUGUCAACAAGGAUGACCCUGUUGUGAACAAGCUCUUACGGACCCUUGCGACCCAGGCCAUGUCCAAUGCCCAGUACUUCUCUACUGGAUCUUUGCCCAGGGAUCAGUACUUCCACUAUGGCUUGGCUCUUGAUCAGUACACACACUUCACUUCCCCCAUCAGAAGAUAUGCAGAUGUCAUUGUGCACAGACUGCUGCUGGCUGCCAUAGGUGUGGAGGAUGAGAGGUCAGCUGGGGUCAUCAAGAACCAGGAGUUAGAGGAGCUCAGUCAGCACAUCAACAACCGCAACAGGGCCGCCCAACAUGCCCAGAGAGCAUCCACAGAGCUGUUCCAAGCCUUGUACUUUAAGGACAAAGACCCAGAGGAUGAGUGCUGCAUAGCAGAUGCUGUCAUCUUCUCUCUAAGGACCAACGGGGUGCUCCUCUUUGUACCAAAGUAUGGAGUGAAGGGCCCUUUGUAUUUGAAGGACAAAGAUGGUCUGGUGGUGUGUGUAGAGAAGGAUGGGACAGUGUCACAUACAUCGGGCACACUUACCAGAAAGCAGUUUGAAGUUGUAGUACAGUCAACCAAGGGGUCGGCAACAUUCAGACUCUUCCAACAUCUUACUGUGAGGUUGUCCCUACAGAAGUCACGAGCCCAUCCACAAACCUUGACCUUCAGCUUGGUGGCAGCCAAACCCUACAAACCUGACCUUGAGAGGGUCAAGGGUGAAAGUUCAGCACCAGCAAGAACUGAUGUUGUAAAGGAAGUUAAGAGCAGUUCUGCCGACACAUCCACCUCGCACGGUCCCCACGACAUGACUGCGGCCAUGGGGAGCGAGUUCCCCGAGCUGCUGUGUGAAUACGGACAGUCCAGGUCAUGUGACACACUGUACGGUCUGAUGGAAGUGUUCCGAGAAAUGAGCCUGGCUGAAGCGUGACAUAUGUAGAUCCUGCUGAAUAUUAUGUAAAAGAAUCCAUUUAAAUCUGGUGCAUGCAUGGUGAACACUUUUUACAGUUUUAUGGUCUACUCUUUUCCUAUGUAGAGAGAAUCCAAGGAUGUAUAGAGAUUUAACAUUUGUCGACUAAAGUCUUGUGACUGCACAUUCAUGUAUUUAAAAACUGCAAUGAUUCAACUGAAUAAAUUUUGCUUAUCUGAA